AUGGCAUGGCCCUUCUUAAACCAUGAGAAGGUGCACCUGAGGAAUCUCCGAAUUGGCCAAGAGUGUCUCCAAGCUGAGAAAGAAAUUCUCCAAGCUGAAAAGGAAGAUCUCCGAGCUGAAAGAAAUAAUCUCCGAUCUCAGGAAAACAUCUUCCAAUCGGAAUGGUACACCUUCCAAAAUGAGCGGGACACUCUCCAAUCUGAGCGAGACAUCUUCCAAAAUGAGCGGGACACUCUGCAAUCCAAGCUCGACUGUCUCCAAUCUGAGCGGGACACUCUGCAAUCCAAGCUCAACUGUCUCCAAUCCGAGCGAGACACCUUCCAAAGAGAGCGGGACACUCUACAAUCCCAGCUUAACAGUCUCCAAACAGAACUACACGCUCUCCAAUCCAACUUUCAUGCCGUAACAGAAAAGUUGGUCCAAGCCGAGCUUGAGAGACAGAACAUGAAAAACAACCAGCCUGAUCAACCACAGGAGGCACCACAACUGAUUUCAGUUGCCCCUGUAAGAGGACGGAAGGUGAAACGAAUAUCGCUUCCUUCGGAACAGGAGACAGCAAAGCGAGAAAGUCCAGGGGAAGGGCCCUCAACAAGAUGCCGGUCACCAACACCCACCAGGGCAACAACAACUGAAAGGGACAUUGAAACCCUUACUACUCGUCCUCUGAAAAUGACUGAACUUCAAGUCUUGAGAAAAGACUUUACACGGCACCCAGGUGAACACAUUGUCACCUGGCUACUUUGAUGCUGGGACAGUGGGGCCAACAGUGCACUGCUAGACAGUACAGAAGCCCGCCAGCUGGGAAGCAUUGCCAGAGACUCAGCGAUUGACAGAGAUAUCAGUAGAUGCCAGGAUGAGUCCUUCACCCUUU